AUGAGACGAUGGGAGGAGGCUGAUAAGGACGCUGGGCUAAGUGGAUGGCCUGAUGACACGAACGUUCAGCCCUGUACUAUAGAACCUAGGUCCUCAUCAGCCGUCCCACUUCUACGCCAGUCUUCCACCAGUAACCAUCGUCGUCCUAAUGCCGCAACUGAAUCGUCGAGGGAUGCAACCACCCGGCCCCUUAAGGCUGUUCAGCAGGGUUCAUCUUCAUUGCCGGCGCAAUCCUCGUAUCAGUCAAAGAGCUUUGAAUUUGUGCUCGUUACCGAUAAUGAAUCCCGGCGGCAGGUUCGGCGGCAUGCGAUGCGCCAGUACAUGCAUCAGCGUCGGCUAGACAGCAUAGCGCGUCUUGGGGCACCUCGUGUCCCUGUGAGUGGGUGGACUACACGUACUACCCCGGGGUCUCCUACACCGUUAAAUCCAUCUGUUGAGAAGAUAGACAAUGUGGCCGAUGAGGUGACGGUGAAGUUAGAGAAAGGGUCUCCCUCGAGCGAUGAAGAUCGAUAUACUGGGGAUACGGGGGGAAAGCUCCCGUAUGCAGUACGGCCCAAAAGCCAGAAGGUGAAGCGUGAAGAAGAUGCAGCUCUUCCACUCGUUGUGAAACCCAAAUACUCUAAUCCUCGAGUAUUUCCAGAGCAACGUGUGUUUGGGGAUCCUUUCAGCACGUACCCGGUACCCACCAGUGAGGGAGAUCAGGAAUUGAUCCAACACUUCGUUGUGACGUACCCGUCGAUGAUGUACAAGUUUACUAGCUCCGCCGCAAACAACUUAAACCCAAUGCUAGAUAUAUUUCGGAAACUUGCGUUGCAUGAAGACCUCCCUUUCCAGGCCAUGCUUGCCAUCGCCUCGAAACAUCGCGCAGCCGUAGAAGGCAAGACCGAGUCGGUCCAAAGUCUCACGCAUAAGAUGCGCACGCUGCGGUUGAUAAACGAGCGAAUUCAUAUGGACUCGAAGGGACAAGAUGAUGGGGUUAUCUAUGCUAUUGCGACAAUGGCUGUCAUCGAGAAAUGGUCGAAAGAUACAUCUAUCGAGCGCAUGCACUUUCGAGGACUAGCUUCGAUGAUCAGGAACCGGGGAGGUAUGAAAACUAUGCGAGCCUCGAGUCCUUUCUUGGAGAAGGUUUUAUACUGGUACAUUUGGAAUAUAUCGAUGAUUGACGUUCUGCUUACCUUGAGUAGGGUUGAUUUUAGCUGUGCUUCAAAGGCCAUAGUCGGCACAGCCCUCCCAUGGACUGGCACCAUACCAGAUACUCCCCCGCCUGGCUUUGACUUUAUCAACCCUGACAUGCACCUCGGCAUCCCACAUAACUCAACGGCCCCAGAAAACACCGAAACGCUGUGUGACCAAUUCCGUGCUUGUGAAGACUUUCUUCGCUUUUUUCGUCUCCUCCACGAGCUCGAACGAAAUGCCUUGAACUCGGGCUCUGGGCUCGCAUCUACUACCACCGCACCACGCCACAAAAGCUUCACUAGUGGGACGAAACUCCAUACCAUACUUACUCUUCUUCCUGAUCAUGACCGUGGUAUUCGUGAUAUCCGGUUUAUCGACGAAUACACGUGCAUGUCCUGCCUCUUCUUCCUUGCCGUCGCCCUGUAUCAUUGCUACUCUACCUCGUCCAGCUUUGACGAGUACCUGCACUGGCUUGAUAAUGAAAUCCAAUCGCUCAGCCCGUUCGAAAACCCCAGUAUCACGUCCAUUCUGUGGCUGCUCCUGCAAAAUGGCGGGUUUCCACCUGCAUCCACUGUUCAAGAGAACACCAACAAUUCCGAUUCCAGCUCCAAUUCUAAUUCACCUACAGACUCCGGCGCUAGAUGCUGGGUUGUCUCACGCAUGGUCCGCAUUGCAAAACACCUUGAGUGGAAACGCCAGGGCAAAAUUUGGGACACUCUGCGCCAAGUGCUGAUUGACUUUAUUCUCACACAGCAGGAUUGCGCCCUUGACUCGGAGCAUGUCGAUGCGGACGCAUUCUAUGCCCGCGAACGCAAACGAGGCUCGUCCCGGUGUUACUUUUGGGACGAGGAUGAACUCCGUCGUGAGAUUUUGGACAUCCAAGAUUACGGCUCUGGAGGUUCAUCCGUAUGA